AUGGCGAAGAAUCAAGAGCCUUGUAGUUCAACUCAGCCGUUCAUCACUGAUGUUUCUGACGAAGAUGGACCCAAAUCCAGCCCCCUGAUUAACGAGUCAAAUAUCUUGCAAGGGCGCCAGAUCGGCGUCUUUGGUGCUAUUUCGCUGAUUGUCAACAAAAUUGUCGGAGCCGGACUGAGUGGCAGUCCCGGGAUGUCCCUCAUCCUUUGGGUGAUCGCAGGUGCAAUAUCAACAUGCGGGGCAAUGGUCAUGCUAGAAUUCGGCACUAUUAUCCCUAGAUCGGGAGGCAUGAAAGUUUACCUUGAACGAUCCUUCUCGCCAAAGCUAUUGAUCACAUGCAUCUACCUAUUUUACUGCGUCUUCCUACAGGUAUCGUCAGGUAACGCCAUAACUUGCGCAUCCUAUCUUCUCAAAGCUGCUGGCGUUGAGUCAACAACAUGGAAGCUUCGAGGCUUAGCAGUUGCCGCUGUUUCCUUUGCAGUUCUUUCCGAGGUCAAAAACCCACAAAGGACUCUUCGGAUUGCGCUACCUACAGCUAUGGGUAGCAUUACAGUUCUCUAUGUUCUAGCAAACAUCGCUUAUUUCGCCGGUGUAUCAAGAGAGGAGUUUAGAGAUUCCGAUCUCACCAUUGCCGCAUCUCUCUUCAACAACGUCUUCGGCGAGUCGGCUGGCGCAAAAGCUCUUCCGGCGAUGGUUGCAAUAUCCGCCAUAGGUCACCUUCUAGGAGUCGCUUUCACUGUUCCACGAGUGAUCCAAGAACUAGCGAAAGAUGGCAUUAUGCCAUUCCCAGAUAUCAUCAUGCAAAAUCGACCUUUCCGAACACCUGUCUGGUGUCUAUUAAUCCAUCUGGCCAUGACAACUCUCUUCAUCUGUGCCCCUCCCGCAGGUGACGCAUUUGAAUUUGUUGUCAGUCUCAAUUCAUAUCCGACAGUGUUACUUCUCACCGCUGUCACUAUCGGAUUGAUUAAAUUGCGGGUGUCAAAAGAGGAGGAUUCGCAGUCUGCUUUUACCGUUCCGUGGGCUGUUAUUGCUUUCUAUCUAGCUGGAAAUAUUUUUCUUCUUGUCAUGCCUUUUGUCCCACCACCAAAUGGCAAAGGAAAUACCAGCCUUCCCUAUUGGCUAUCUCCGGUUGUUGCCCUGGCCAUUCUCGCGCUAGGCAUAAUCUACUAUGUUGGUCGUUUUGUUUUGCUACCGUGGAUCUUCGGAUAUCAACUUGGCUUCGUUACUGUCGAUCUCAGUGAUGGAUCUCAAGUAUCAAGGUAUCAGAUAAUGAGGACCUGGGUGGCUUGCCCGGUCAUGAAUUAA